UCAGAGAAGCUGCAGAACGGUAGCAAGGCUGCAGAAAACAGAGAGAUUACCAAGGUGGGGAAAUCCAUCUGCAGACAUGCUGAACUCAUUCCAAAUCUUUUUUUUGCUCAUGGCCUUCAGUCAGUUCAUUCUGGGGAUUUUGGGGCAUGGCUUUCUUGGGCUCAUCAAUUGCAUCCCCUGGAUCAAGAGGAGCAAGAUUUCCUUAUCUGACUUCAUCAUUAUGAAUCUAGCCUUCUCCAGGCACUUCCUGCAAUGUGUGGUCAUUUUCGAUACCAUUAUCAUGGUGCUCUAUUCUGAUUUGCAUUAUGAAACUCCAUUAAGUCAAAUUCGUGAAACUAGUUGGAUUCUUAGUAACCAUUUAAACAUCUGGCAGUCCACCUGCCUCAGUGUCUUCUACUGCCUGAAGAUUGCCAUUUUCUCCCACCCUGCCUUCCUCUGGCUUAAGUGGAGAAUUUCCCAGGGGAAAUCCUUUUUCUUCAAUACAGCGUGGCUGAUCCGAAAAUUCAGUAUGUAUUCUGGACUCCUGAAAACGAUACUCACUGCAAACUACACUGAACAUGUCAGAAGAAAGGAAAGAGAAUUUUAUGUCUCCAACCUUCUUGGUCUUCUGUGGGCACUGAUACCUUUCAUUAUAUCCCUCUUCUCCUGUCUCUUACUCAUCCUCUCCCUAAGAAGGCAUACCAGGAUGAUGCAGCACCAUGUCACUGCUCCCAGGGAUGUGAGCACUAAGGCCCAUGAGAGAGCCACUGUUGUAAUGUUUUCCUUCCUCCUACUCUUUGUCUUUCAUUUUGUCUUUCUCUUCAUUGGAACAGCAAGCGCUUUCCUGAGAUAUGCCAAGGUGUUAAUGGUUAUAGAGUUGGCUAUGCCUAUCUAACCCUCUGUGCAUACAUUUAUCCUCAUUCUGCAAAACAAAAACCUGAAGCAGGCAUUCCUGAGGCUGCUGUUGAAGAAGGGCUGCGUGAAAAGUCGGAGAACAAUAGCAGAGCAGUUUGGAAGAAGCAAGUGCAAAACUGACCCUGAAGAAUUUCUAAGCACUCUGGACCGAGACAGCAGCACAAGUCAGAGGAGGACAAAAGGUACUACUGACGCUGCGGAAAAACGGAGAGAUUACAAAGGGAGGAAAUCCAUCUGCAGACAUGCUGAACUCACUCCAAAUCUUUUUUUGCUCAUGGCCUUCAGCCAGUUCAUUCUGGGGAUUUUGGGGAAUGGCUUUCUUGGGCUCAUCAAUUGCAUUCACUGGAUCAAGAGGAGCAAGAUUUCCUUACCUGACUUCAUCAUUAUGAAUCUAGCCUCCAGGAUCUUCCUGCAAUGUGUCAUCGUUUUUGAUGCCACUAACAUCAUGCUCUAUCAGGAUUUCUGUUAUGAAGUGACAUUAAGUCGAAUUUGUGAAACUAGCUGGACUCUUAAUAACUUUUUAAGCAUCUGGCUGUCUACCUGUCUCAGUAUCUUCCACUGCCUGAAGAUUGCCAUUUUCUCCCAUCCUGCCUUCCUCUGGCUUAAGAGGAGGAUUUCCCAGGUGGUUGCCUGCCUUCCGCUGGGCUGUGUGCUCUUCUUUUUCUUCAAUACAGUGCUGUUGAUCCAAAAAUUCGAUUUAUUUUCUAGUGUCCUAAAAAUGAAACUCAUUGCAAACUACACUGAAAAUAUCAAAAGAAAGGAAAGAGAAUUUUACAUAUUCUACUUUCUUGGUCUCCUGUCGGCACUGAUGCCUUUCCUUAUAUCCCUGUUCUCCUGUCUCUUACUCAUCCUCUCCCUAAGGAGGCACACCAGGAUGAUGUGGCACCAUGUCACUGCUCCCAGAGAUGUGAGCACUAAGGCCCAUGUGAGAGCCACCAUUGUAAUGUUUUCCUUCCUCCUACUCUUUGUCUUUCAUUUUGUCAUUCUCCUCAUUGGGACAGCAAUCACUUUCCUGGCAUAUGCCAAGCUGAUAAUGGUUAUAGAGGUGGCUAGCCCUGUCUAUCCCUCUGUGCAUACAUUUAUCCUCAUUCUGCAAAACAAAAACCUGAAGCAGGCAUUCCUGAGGCUGUUGAGGUUGAAGAAGGGCUGCAUAGAAAGCAGUUUGGGAGCAGAGUUUUUGUGGAGUUCUUAUAUUUGGAUAUUAUGA